GGAACUAAAAGAUCUUUAAGGUCCCUUCCAACACAAACCAAAAUGAUGGAAGGACGGAUUUCUAGCAUACACAGAGAACCAGGGCCCUUACACUGAAACACUGCUGGGGGCUGCUGUGAUUUGUGCUGGAAGCCACACAUAGGACUGAAGCAGACAAGAAUACAGACAUUGCAUGGGAGCAGCGGCAGGCAAAAGCAAGCUUACAGAAAUGGCCUGAUCUUUUGUGUCUGAUAAUGGUUACAAAGAGCCUCUGAAAUGGUGUGGCAAUAUUACCUGGUUUGCUUCUACCAAAAUGUAUCCCUGGAUUACAUACCUUUCUUAGAUCCCUGGCAAAUCCUUUUAAAUUUUGCCCCAUGAACAGGCUGCGGGACAGCACAACAUGAUACAGAACUGGAACCAAACAUGUAUAAAACACUAUGGUUAGUAUUCAUAGGUAAAUGAUUAGUAGAAGCCAGCAAGGCACACAGAAAAUCUUUCACAUUGAGGCAAUUUCACUUCAGAAAGUAUAACAUCACUCUUUCAACAACAUUUUCUUUUCAUUACAGACAGUCCUAUGAGCACUGUGGUGUUUGAAAUACCCUAAGCAUUAUGAGGCCUGGGCUUCUGAGAACUACUCUGUCAUUUUUCUCCCAGGUGUCCAGUCUUCUUUCCAUUUUGUGGACACUUUUCUUUUUGUGCAACUGCUGCCAAGAGAUGAUCGGACAUCUUCAUGAGAUUUUCAACUAUUUUAUGUAAAAACACUUCUGUUUUAAGGUUUAAGAGUUUUAGAUUCAGGAACUAUUUUCCUUUUCUCUGGAAGUUAGUAAUUUUCUUAAUACAGUAUCCUUAUUCAACAGCCAGUUCUGAAAUGGUGUCUGCAUCUACUGAAAUCAAGGAAAUGCCACUGGGAGCAAGAUCAGGCCAAAUUGUAGAAAAUUAAAAGCUAAGACCUGUCCCCUCUUGGGACACUGGAAAUAUGUAGGUUCCCUAAACCAUCAAUUCAGUGGACAAGAAAGGUCAACAGGAAGAAAUUAGAGGAAAUACAGUAUCCUGUACUCUUUUCACACAGAACACAGAUUUGCUCCAUUUAGUGGGAUAAAGCAGUCUGUACUGUACUGUAUUUUUUCAGUCACAUCACAAAUAUUUGACGGCCCAAGGCAAAACCAGUACAAGAUCUUACCUGGAUCUUUUACUCCUUUUCUCUAAGUCCUGACCUGCUAAUGCUGUUUGUAUUUCCUGUUAUCAAGUAUCAUGCAAUCUCUUUCUGCAAUUUAGUACCAAAAAUGAUGUUCCACAUUUUUUCAUUCCUUAAUGUGUGUAACAGACAUUUAUAAAAACUGUAAGUAUCCAUCUUUUACCCAAUCAGCUCUUAGCUAAUGCCUUUUUAUUUAAAAAUCUAUUUCAUCAACAACUGGCUUAUUCUGAGAAAGAAAGCAACAGUACAGAAUGCCAGUUAUCUCCAUUUUUGAGGAGUCAAAUUUGCUGCCACGGAUAUUUGUCUAUAAGGUGUACUACUAAAUUUAACCCUUGAGUGACCAAGAACUAUACUUCACACAAUGUCUCUAAAGUGUAGGACCUUUAUGAAUCAUUAGUGGGCUCUACUAAAGUAUACAGAAUAAAAACUGACCCAAAUCUGCUCUUCAAAUACAUCAGACUACACAGAAAUUGAAAAAAUUGCAUCUACUAACCAUAUAAAGACCCUAUAUAAAGACUGUUGCAUAGUGAUUAUUUCCUAGCACUCAAACCAUGGUUUAUCCCAUUAAUUUUCUUGGGAAAUAGACCCUUCUUGGGAAAUAGCUCCCUUUAUCCCAUCAUAUAAACCUGUCUUUACAAAAGCAGCACAUAGGAGAACAUGGGAUGGAGACGGCUACAGCUGAUAAGACAAGAGUUGAGUCCUGUCUUGUGUCUCCAGUAUGGACAGAGUGGUGCGGGUUUGGUGAGAAGAGCUGCAGCAAGCAACACAUUCUUCAGUGAGCAAUGUAUAAGGAAGAGUAUUUUUCCUGGCUCUUCUUAAAAGUUUUUUUAAAUGACCUUUCCAAUUCUGUGUGAUUGAACAGAUAAUCAAAUGCUAACUUCAAUGUAAAUUUGACAAUGGAGCUCGAGUUGUUACCUGGCAGAGUGAAGAUGAGUGCUCUAAGUGUGGCUUAAAGCUGCUGUCUUUUAUGGGCGGGGUGAGGAUAUAGCCAUUCACAGGGUGAGGACACUGCUACAGAAUUAAUUACAAGCUAGAUCAAGAGCAGCACACUUAUUGCAGGGAUUACCAUUUUAUGUAAAUUUGUACAAAGCUCAAAAUGGCAGGCUCACACAGCUCAUCUCUACACUCUACUGUGGCAUAAAGCAGCCUUGUCCUCAUUGUACUGAAGUAGUUCUUUCCUCUUCUAGGUGAAGCAAUGUACAUAUGCAAGCAACAAGAAUAAUUGUGUGAUUUGUUUCUGACUGUAAAUGUCUGUGUAACUACAUAUGCAUAUUAGGUAUUGCCCUUGAAGACCUGGAGAGCAGCCAAUGUGCCGUGCUUCCUUGAUGUAAACAGAGUUGUGCAUAAACAGCAUUUGUUUUUAGAGGGUCUGUGCUACUCCAGCUUCCAAAUGUUCGGACCAAAAUUUUUCUUCUGCAGCUUCCUAUCUGAGCUUUUCCGCAGUUUCCUGAGUACCCUCUAAACAACCCUUACCUUUGCAGCUCCAAAGUGAUCUUUCCUCUAAGGUCUUAGAGGAAUUCCACCUGCGUACAUCCAUGACCAUGCCAGUAACAGAUGUUGCAUCUCUGCAUUUCCAAGGUGCCAUUGAAGCCCUCACCGUUUUGUCACACUGAACCACAUUUAAUCAGAGCUGCAAGAUUUCCUCCUGUCAUGGGGUAGGUGUUUGUAUGUGUGUGAAUGUGUGUGCAUGCAUGUCUGUGUGUGUGUGUCUAGAAUAUCUGCUCUGCCACCUGCACAUGUAGGUUUAUCUAAAGCCAGUCACCUGAGUCACCAAGUUUAGGCCCAAAGUGGUCCACGCAGAAGUCUUCAUUUUAAUCAAGCUUUAAGAAAACAAGAAAAACAAAUCUGUGAUGUUUGUAUUAGAUACAUGUGUAAAGAGAAACAAAGGAUCCUCUCCUCCUAAUAGGCAGGCUCAAGUUGAAUAUUUAAAACAGCUACAGAAAUAAUAUUUGUACAUGUGUAAGGAGUAUUUAUUUUGUGGAUGUCAGCAGAUGUGAAAAUAUUCGGUGUAAUUCUGAAAUGAGUAAUUUGGAAAACAUUUUAUAUGGUAGGAUCCUUGGUAUUUAUUAAAUGAAUGGUGUGGAUGCUAAAGAGCAGGAACAGUGGAAUUUUCCAGCUGCUGAAGCAUUUUGUGAAGUCUUCCUUUCUCAUCCUUUAGCUGAGACACAGUGAAAGACGGUUUUGUAAACUAACUCUCUAUCUUGCACCUGCAUGGUCUUGUUUUGGUUCACUGAAGAAAAUAUUUUGCAAUAGGCGUCGUAGCAUUCAGCCAAUCACUCUGGGAGGUGUAUGGUCAAGCACCCAAUAAUGUCAUUUCUCUAUUGUGAACCAAGUUAUAUAAAUGAGGUGAUAAUUAAUUAAAUAAUUCCAUUUUAUCCUAGACUUGGAUUCUGUGUCGUGAUUCUCGCCAUCCCUGGGGACAACAGCGACAGAAUGGGAAACUCACUGAAAAUCACCCAUUUCACACAGUGAUGGAUAGCUGGGAGGCAUCCAUCAAGUUGUCUUCUGAAUUUUGUGUCUGAAGGUACCCUCUUGCUUUCUCAGCAAAUCAUGGACAUCGUUGGCUUUCUGAAGUCGCAAUUCAUUUGCCACCUUCUGAUCUGCUACAUAUUUAUAGUGUCAGGACUGAUCAUUAACUCCAUUCAGCUCUUUACACUUAUACUUUGGCCAAUCAACAAGCAACUGUUCAGGAGGAUCAACUGCAGGCUGGCUUACUGCAUUUCGAGCCAGAUGGUGAUGUUGCUGGAAUGGUGGUCAGGCACCGAUUGCACCCUUUAUACUGACCCAGAGAGUUACCACAAGUACGGGAAGGAGAAUGCCAUCGUAAUCCUUAAUCACAACUUUGAAAUUGACUUUCUCUGUGGUUGGAACUUUUGUGAGAGAUUUGGGGUCUUGGGGAGUUCCAAAGUGCUUGCAAAGAAGGAGCUCUCCUACAUGCCUAUCAUUGGCUGGAUGUGGUAUUUCCUAGAGAUAGUCUUCUGCAAGCGCAAGUGGGAGGAAGAUCGGAAAACAGUUGUACAGAAAUUGCUGAAUCUCCGGGACUACCCUGAAAACUUUUGGUUCCUGAUUCAUUGUGAGGGCACAAGGUUCACAGAACAGAAGCACCAGAUCAGCAUGCAGGUAGCCAAAGCCAAAGGUCUGCCCAAGCUCAAGUACCACCUCCUGCCACGAACGAAAGGAUUUGCUGUCACUGUGCAGUGUUUGAGAAAUGUAGUUUCUGCAGUCUAUGAUUCUACCCUUAAUUUUAGAAAUAAUGAAAAUCCAACAUUGCUGGGAGUUCUAAAUGGAAAGAAAUAUCAUGCAGAUUUAUAUGUAAGGCGGAUUCCACUAGAGGACGUCCCAGAAGAUGAGCAGGAAUGUUCUACCUGGCUCCACAAACUAUAUCAAGAAAAGGAUGCAUUCCAGGAAGAAUAUUACCGCACAGGAACCUACCCAGCAGUCCCUAUAAUACCACCCCGUCGACCAUGGACACUUUUGAACUGGCUUUUCUGGGCCUUAUUGCUGCUAUAUCCUUUGUUCAAGCUGCUCAUCAACAUGAUCAACAGUGGCUCAUCACUGACACUGGCUAGUUUUGCAUUUGUCAUUAUAAUAGCUUCUGUUGGUGUCAGAUGGAUGAUCGGGGUUACAGAAAUUAACAAGGGCUCCACCUAUGGCAACAACGACAACAAACAGAAACAAAAGUAGCAUCUCCAGAGACUGCUUCAAUCCAAAGAGAACAAAUGCAACUGCUGAAAACUCUUAAGUGCAGAUCAUGGUCCUUCAAGUGAGAUCAGAGGAUGAGUAAUUGCUGUGCAUAUCUGAAUUUGUGCUCCUGUUGUUUUUCUCUGGGGGUUUGGGCUGGAUGAUGUGCUGGAAAGAUGCACUCCUGCAUCUACCCUCAACAACAGGUUUGCACAUGUGUGGUUGGUUUGUUUUCCUAUGAAGUGUCUUAGGUUUUGAAGAAAAAAAAAUAAAUUCCAGCGUGCUUGUAUGAAGAGACUCUACCUGGAAACUAACCAGAGGUGCAGGCUUUAAUGUCAGAAGACUGUUACAAGAUGAUUAAACUUGAUAGUUGUGUAGAUCACACAGUUUAACAACCAUAAUCUGUCAGUGUUUAAAUACAGUACAGCAGGAUGCUGUGCUUGGUUAUAGCAGUAUUGGACUGAAGCAGCUCUGCUGAAUUGGCAGAACUACAGUAGAGUUUUUGUACAUCCAGAACUUAUUCCCACAGUGUGCACUACAUGGGCCCUUCAAAACUUCAGCCAGACCCUGCACAUCCAGGCAGCAGAGCCUGGCAGUAGCAUAACCUGGAUCAGAAUUUGGCCUUGUGGCCUGAGCAGAGCUAAGUUACCCACUGCCAUCUCUUUCCCGAGGCCAUACAUCCAAGGCUUUAAAUGCUACUUAAAAUUCCAGGCCAUCCUAACAAUUGUGGAAAGAAAAUAACUGGGCAUGGUGUAGUGAAAAAAUGCAACAUGUGCAUUAAAAUGUAUGCCCCACACCCAUACUGUUGUGAUCCUAAUUAACCUGCUUGUCUGUCUUUUCUGAUAAAUUAGUUUACUUGGUGCCUCAUAACAGUCAGCCUAAGUAAUAGUAAAUUAUUUUCUUCAGGGGAGGAGAGGGGAACUAGGAGGGAGACCUAGGACAGUGGGUAUAGCUCAUUUUAUGUCUUAACUUGAUUUGACACCCGUCUGAAUUAAAUAAAAUUAGAAUCAAGCUCUGAGCAAGGUGGGGUUGCUGUGACAUUCCCAGUACUGAUUUCAGGGCAGCUGCCUCUUGUUUUUAAACCUCUAGAGUUAAGGAUCUGCAGGUUACUAGAAAGAACUUGUUUAAAGCAGGAAAAAAGGAAAAGAGGGCACAUUAACUAACAGCAAUUAUGAUUGGAAAAAAAUCCCAGUUUUUUAAAGUUGAUAGAUCCUGACUCUGAGUAAUGGAGGUUGUGACUGGCACUUUCACAGACAGUCCAUUUUCACUAGGCACAGGACUAAACCGUGACAGUCUCUAGUGAAGGAAGUGAGCAGUCUUAUUCUAGCAGCUGGUAUAAAGACGUUUCUCUUGUCAUAUAAUAAAACUGAGGCUGGAAGAAACAGGCUAAUACAACAGUUUGAAUCAUUCCAUGAAUAUGUAUUUGCUAUUCAGUACAUCAGAUAAUCUAGAAACUCACCCUUUUAAUAGGCAACACCUAAAAAGCAGGUGAAGUAGUGCUCUUAGCAUGGAGCUAUAAGUUUAUGGAUAGUGGAGGCAGUAAAAUUUACAACAUGAAAGAAGGAACAGACCAUGGGAAGUGUGAGAGACUGGUUUUGGGGGCUUUUUUCCUCACACAUCUUGUGUACACAUGCAUUCCCUACACUCUGAAGCUUUCUGGAAUAGGGUGUAUGAUGGAAAAACUACAUCAGAGCCCAUGUUUCUGUUCAUGAAAACACAUGAAAUAGAGCCAAAGAGUAGAAAAUACUGCAAUAUUUACAAUGCUAUUUAAUAAUAGUACAUGCCCUGCACUCUAUUUGCUGUAACACUCCUAACAGUGAAAAACUGAGUAUUACAUCCUGUAGUAAUGAUCAGGCACAUUAACAAGCCAGACCUGAGGACACUGUACCCAACAGUUUGAAAGUGGGUGGCAGGGGAGAAAGGAAAGGCCUCUCCAGGGUAGCAUUUUACUGUAAACAUUACCUGGCAGGUCCAGUGGCCUUUUCUCACGGUGGUGGGUGAAUAGUUCUGAGCAGCAAAUACAUACUCCUGGAAUGACAAUGGCUGUUCUACCUUCAUAAGAGCCACAGAUUUAACAUGCAGCAAGGAAGAAAUUAAGCAUUCCUUAUGAAUCUUAGUCCUUUCCCCUCCACCUGCAUGCAGUGCCACUUCUCCCAGAGGAAAGUACCAAACCAGUAAAUACUUCUGAAAGAGUGCAGGGAUUAUUUCAUACCCAUUUCCCUGGGUCCAACCCUUAGAACAGGCUGAGGGCCAAACCUGCCACUCCUGGAUCCACCCUCCUAAGCACUUCUGCAAGUCCGGGCACACCACUGAGGCCCCUCCAGCACUCAUGGACAAACAGAGAAAGCUUAAUGGUCCUUGCCAAACUUGUCCAGUUCACUGUAUUAAAGGAAUGACAUAGAUCAUUAGGAAGCAGUGUUUGCCGCUCAUCCCCACAAGCAACUGUAUGUUCUACAACUGCCUUAACAAAAAUUAGUCUUAAUGUUUGUUUAUACAAAAAUAAACGUAUAAAAAGCUGA